AUGCUGGCUCUCUUCAUGGGGAUGUUCACUGCCAAUCUCGAUUCGACAAUCUUAGCCACCGCAAUCCCGCGUAUCACAGAUGAUUUCCACAGCCUUGGAGAUAUUGGAUGGUAUGUCUCGUCUGCCUUCCUCACGUUUGCCGCCUUUCAAACCAACUGGGGAAAGGUAUUCAAGUAUUUCCACUUGGAGUGGUCCUAUCUAUUGUCGCUCCUUAUUUUCGAACUGGGAAGCCUCCUCUGCGCGGUUGUACCGAGUAGUGCUACUCUGAUCACCGGACGUGCGAUUGCAGGCAUUGGUGCUGCGGGUCUUUGCACGGCUUUUAUGGACGUCAUGGACGCAACAUAUACUCUUGCUUCAUUUAUUGGUCCGCUUCCAGGAGCUGCCUUCAUCAUUGUGGUCUUCGUCCGGACACCCAAAGCUGCGAACCCCGUAGAUGCACCACUGAGGGAAAGGAUCCUGCAGCUGGAUCCUAGUGGGUGCGCGCUAAUCAUGGGUGGAGUUGUCUGUUAUCUACUGGCAUUACAAUGGGGUGGACUGCAAAAAGCGUGGUCCGGCAGCACCGUUAUUGGCACCUUGAUUGGGUUUUUUGGAGAACGUGCCUCGAUCGCGCCUAGAUUGUUGAAAGAACGGAGAAUCCUUGUUAAUUCAGGAGCUGUGUUCUUCAAUCCAGGUGGAUUCUUCAUUCUCAUCUACUAUCUACCUAUCUAUUUUCAGUCUAUCAGAGGAACAUCACCAAUUACCUCCGGCGUCUACAAUCUUCCCUUUCCUAUUGGUGGCAUAUUCUCAACGAUUGCCGGCGCACUCCUCACUACAACGCAACAAUUUGUACCAUUCAUGGUGGUUAGUGCGGCCCUAAGUGCUGUGGGUGGAGGAUUGAUAUAUACUUUGGACCAAGUCACAACAACCGGAAAAUGGGACAUGAGCACCGUCUCAGCGAUGGCAUUGUUCUUCCAGCUUAUCGGCGGCUCAUUCUCUGUCUCUGCGGCACAGUCAGUGUUCGGGAAUGUGCUCACCCGUCGCAUUCAGCAGACUGUGCCUGGUUUGCCGCCAUCUGCGGUAAUGAGCGCAGGAGCCUCAAAUAUUCGAACAAUCUUUUCUCCAGCGCAACUGUCCAGUAUCUUGACAGCAUAUAUAGAUGGUGUUAAGGGCACAUUCGCGGUGGCUACUGCUCUUUUAGCAAUGAGCGCCCCUCUGGCUUUAUUGCCUAAAUGGGAAAGGUUGAGGCCCGAGAGGCCGCUGUUGACUGACUCCGAGAUGGCUGUUGAGAAAAUGCAGAACGUAAAUAUUAAGAUGGGACAACCGGGUUCGGCGUAA